GAUGAGUUCAAGAUCGAGCGGGCAGAGAAGCAGGUCCUCAGGCCCAACUGGAUGAUCACAGCUAUCCCCGGUGUGCAAAAGAGCUUCAUGCAAGUCACAAAGUGGGAGCUGGACCGCAUGGCUGUGGUGACUCCCAAACAUGAUCCUGUACGCCGUGCUUUUCUGCUGGAGAU